GUGUGAUUAGAAAUGAACGACGAAUGUGAUUGAAACUCCCAAGAGCUAGUACUUGUUUGUAGUUUUUCCUUAUUUUAAAUAUUAGUUAAAAUGAGCGACAGUGAAGCAAAAGGAUUCCAAUAUCUUCGGGAAGCAGAAGAAAAGUUAAAAUCCAGUCGAACGUUUUUUGGUUCGUUAUUUGGUGGUUCUACAAAGGUUGAAGAAGCAUGUGAACUAUACAUCCGUGCAGCAAACAUGUUUAAAAUGGCUAAAAAAUGGAAUGCUGCUGGAAAUGCCUUUUGUGAAGCUGCUGCCCUACAUUUAAAAAGUGGAAGCCGUCAUGAUGCUGCAACUUGUUACAUAGAUGCAGGGAAUUGUUACAGAAAAUCUGAAGCACAUGAGGCAAUAAGUUGUUUUCUAAAAGCCAUUGAAAUCUAUACUGAUAUGGGGAGAUUUACAAUUGCUGCCAAGCAUCACAAUACUAUUGCUGAAAUAUAUGAAUUGGAUUUAUCUGAUAUUGAAAAGGCUAUUUGUCAUUAUGAACAGGCUGCAGAUUAUUUUCGUGGAGAAGAAUCUAAUAGUUCUGCAAAUAAGUGUUUAUUAAAUGUGGCUAAGUAUGCUGCUCAAUUAGAACAGUAUGAAAAGGCUAUUGAAAUUUAUGAACAGGUUGCCAGCAGUUCACUAGAAAGUCCAUUAUUGAAAUACAGUGCAAAAGAGUAUUUAUUUCGUGCCUGCUUAUGUCAUUUGUGUGUUGAUUUAUUAAAUGCACAGCACGCUCUUAAUAAAUAUAAGGAGAUGUGCCCUUCAUUUAUUGAUUCCAGAGAAUGCAAAUUGUUAACGACACUCAUACAGAAAUUGGAAGAACAAGAUCUAGAUGGAUUUACAGAUGCAGUGAAAGAUUAUGAUUCAAUAUCCAGAUUGGAUCAGUGGUAUACCACUAUACUCUUGCGGAUAAAAAAGUCAAUGCAAGAAACACCAGAUCUUCGUUGAAAAUUAAAGGUAUCUUAAAAUAGUGAGAUGCAAUUUUAUAUAUGAAUGACUUUUCUUGAAAAAAAAAAAAAAUACACAUUUAUCUAAAUAUAAAUGAUCUAAAGAAA